GAAUCCAAACUAAGCUCAGAUUCGAUCUUAUUGUCGUCGUCUUCUUCUUCUUCCGAAGCGAAAUGGCUGUACGAUGUCUUCCUCAGCUUCAGAGGCGAGGACGUCCGCCGCGGCUUCCUCGCUGACCUCCACAGGUGUCUGCUUCAUCGAGGCAUCAACGCCUACAUCGACAGCGAGGACUUGAGGCCCGGGGACCAGAUCUCGCCGGCGCUGACGAAGGCCAUCGAGGAGUCACGGAUCGCCGUGCUCGUCUUCUCCGAGAACUACGCUUCGUCUCGGUGGUGCUUGGACGAGCUGGUGAAGGUAAUGGAGUGUAAGAGGCUCAAGGGGCAGCUGGUGUUGCCCGUGUUCUACAGAGUGGAGCCGAGGGAGGUUCGAGGGCAGAGAGAGAGUUAUGGCAAGGCAUUGGCCAGGCACGAGGAGAAACUGGGUAAGGGUUCUGAGAGGGUGGAGAAAUGGAGGCAAGCCCUAAUCGAAGCGGCCAAUUUGUCCGGUUGGCAUUAUGACCAUGGUCAUUUUUGGGAAUGUCACAGAGUAAUUGUUUACUUCAUGUUAGUUUUAGUUGGUUCAAUGGAUUGUAUAUUUCCAUUUAUUUGCGUUCUUUUUGCUGCUUUGUUUGGCAGAGAUGAUAUCAAUUUCAUCGAGAGCAUCGUCAAAGAGAUCUCGACUAUAGGAGGACGAGUACCCUUGAGUGUUGCAAAGUAUCCUGUCGGUGUAGGUAGCCGGGUAGAAAAUGUAAAACUGUUGUUGAGCACGAGUUCGGAUGAUGUUCGGAUGAUAGGAACAUGGGGAACUGGAGGUGUAGGGAAGACCACUAUCGCUAAAGCUAUUUAUAACAGUAUUGCUGAUCAGUUUGAUGGGUGCAGCUUCCUUGCAAAUGUUAGAGAAACUUCCAGUAGACCUGACGGCCUAGUUCAUUUGCAGAAAAAACUGCUAUCCCAGAUAUUAUGGAAGGGAGAUUUAGCGGUCUUAAGUGUGGAUGGAGGCGCUAAUUUAAUACGAGAUAGACUUUGUUGCAGGAAGAUUUUACUUGUGCUUGAUGAUGCGGAUCAUGAGGACCAGUUAAAUGCAUUAGCUAGAGAAUGUGCAUGGUUUGGAAAAGGGAGUAGGAUCAUCAUUACAACAAGAGAUAAACAUGUACUAACUUCUCAUGGGAUUGAUCAAGUAUAUAAAGUUGAACCAUUAGAUCGAGGUGAAGCAUUUACACUUCUCAGUUCAUAUGCUUUUACAGGAAACCAGACGAAAGGCAUAAGCAGGGAUCUCAUAGAUAAUAUUUUGGGCUAUGCUAAUGGCCUUCACUUGGUGAUUGUGGUCUUGGGUGCCUUUUUACGUGGUAGAAGUAGAGGGGAAUGGGAGAGUACAUUGGAAACACUCGCUGAAAGUCCUAAUAAAGAUAUAAACAAUGUCCUCAAGAUAAGUUUUGAUGCGCUGGACAACAAUCAGAAGGACAUUUUUCUUGACAUUGCUUGCUUCUUUAAGGGGAGAGAAAGGGAUUAUGUAACCAGAGUUCUUGAUGGUUGUGGUUUAAAGACUUUAAUUGGGAUGCAGACUCUAAUAGAGCGAUCCUUAGUGACAAUUGAGAAAGAGGGAAAUGUACAAAUGCAUGACUUGAUUGAGCUGAUGGGUCAAGAUAUCGUUAAACAAGAGUAUCCAUAUGAACCUGAGAAACGGAGUAGAUUAUGGUGCUAUGAUGAUGUUUUUGAAGUAUUGUCAGAGGACAUGGGAACCAAUGCUGUUAAAGGCAUAGUGCUGCAGUUGCUGACACAAAAAGAGCUAGUCAUCAGUCCCAGUGCUUUCACACACAUGAGGAGACUGAAAAUGCUUAUAGUUCGGAAUGCCAAAAUCAGCGGAGGUCCCGUAUCUCUUCCUAAUGAUUUAAGGUGGCUUGAAUGGCCUGGAUGUCCUUUAUCCACUCCCGUAUGUGUUCCAAAGAAACUUGUUUGCUUUGAAGUGCCCCAAAGCCGGAUUGUGGGAUUUGGAGGCAACUUAAAGGACUUUCAAAAUUUGAAGUUCAUUAACUUUAGAGAUUGCCAGUCGUUGGUUUGUAUGCCGAACCUCGAAUGUACUCCAAAUCUUGAAGAAUUGAAUCUCCGUGGGUGCAUGAACUUGGAGCAUGCCCACGAAUCUUGGAUAUCAUGGCAAGUUACAGUUCUUGGAUUUAUGAGGAGCUCUAAGCUUUAUGAACUCCCUGGCAUCUAUAUAAGUUGCUCUGUUUGGAUGUUUCGAAUUGCCAACAACUACAAGAGAUCCUCAAGAUUCCAAGGCAAUUGCGUGAGCUAUCAGCAGUUGGUUGCCAAUCUUUAA